AUGCUGGCGCGGGGCUGGCGUGGCCUUCGGCUCGGGGCGGUGGUGCUCGAUGUGGACGGCACCCUGACGCGGAAGGACACCAUCGAGGACGUCAUCGCUGCCGCCAUCGACGGCGCCUCCCGGUGCUACUCAGCUGCUACUCAGCAGCGCCGAGAUGAACAGGGCGAGGGGCGCGCCAGGCCUGGAGAUGAAGAAGACGCCGUGGGCCAGAGCAAGCGGCACGUGUGGGCAGGCCUGAAGGAGGCCUAUGCCGGACCCUACGGCACCUUCCUCGACCACCUGCUGCCGCCUCAGCGCUCACACCGCACCGCCUCCCUGCUCCAGCACCACCUCCUCGAAGAGGAGCGUGUAGAGUACGAGUCGGUGCGGCGGGUGGAGGCCGCGGGCCUGCUCGCGGGGCUGAGCACCGAGCAGUGGCGCGAGCUGGGCCGAUCGAUGGCACGCUCGGAUCUGCUGCACACCGGCGCCGUCGAGUGCAUUCGCCGACUGCGGGAAGAGGCGGCAGCCAACACAGAUUGCGAAGGAGGACUCGCGCUGCACGCGCUGUCCGCCAACUGGAGCAAGGACUACCUGGCCGGCGCACUGGACGGCCUGAUCGACGAACAGCACAUCCGGACCAACGAGGUAAACCCCAUGGACUUGGCCUACGACGAGGUGACCAAGCUCUCCACGGGCCAGAUGAAGUUGCAGGUGGUCUCAGCGCUGGACAAGCAGCGAUACAUUCGAUGUCUGCGCGAGGAGCUGCACAACCGGCCCAACAACCGAGUGCUGUAUGUGGGCGAUUCGCUCAACGAUAUACUGGCCUUGUUAGAGGCCGACUACGGUGUGCUGAUGGGAAGCCGCAAGACCGCAGCGGAGGUGCUGCGGGCCUACAACGUCGAAGUGAGGCCACUCGCCAGCUUCGAGACGAAGUUCGCACAGGAGCCCAACGCGCAAGGGCCAGUGGUGUGGCAGGCGAACGACUGGGGCGAGGUGGUGAGCUGGCUCUUCCCGUCGGACGAGAAUCGAAAAUGA